UCAGUUCACGUCCAGCAACGAUACUGCAAUAAGCUUUAAACUUGGAUAGAGUAUUUGUUGACUGCCUAAAAUUAAUUGUGUAUGUAGUCUAGUCGUGUUGAAUUUGGUGUGGGCACAAGGGAAGUAGUAACGGACGGCUAGUCAUGGCAGUAAGACACACCUGACUUCAUAGUAGUUUGCUGUGACUAACACAGUUCCUCAUCCUUGGUAACACAGUCAGUACACUCAGCCUAUAAGUUGAGGUGGACAUCGAGAGUCUUACGCUACGUGCAAUUGCAGCUUUUUGUAUAUACCGACUGAAGGAAUUAUAGAUGGCACUGAGAUUUGCUUUCCUGCUUGCCUUUCUCUGCUUGGGGGCCUUUGUGUGUCUGUCUCAAGGUGCUGCAAUCAAAGUUGCAGAAUUUGAAGAGAUAUGGGAAGACUAUAAGGAGGAUGAAAAAUCCAGCUCUUUGGAGAGCUCAGGUAGGUUUGUUGAAGAAGAGGAGGGAGAUAAGACGGACCCGCGACUGCACAGGAAGAAACGCCAGAUACUCUAUCCAACAGUAUUCUCUACCAGGAGAAGCAGGCGCAGACUGGCCUACCCGUAUCUGUAUUCCUACUACAACUACCCUUACAACUACCCUUACUACUCCUAUCAGUACUAUCCCUAUGCUCCAUUCUACACUCCUGGAGUAUUAACUGGAUUUCCUCCCACCACCACCACCAAUGUUCCAUUGUCUGCUGCUGCAGCCACCACUACUACUAACUGUGGCUGCACUGCAACCGACAUCAACUGCCUCACCACCUGUUACUACAACCAGUACCUGCAGGGCUAGUAGCUAUAAUCUCUAGAUAUUUGCUAUCUGCUCUGAACUCUAUCACUGUAAAGAACUCGAUAUGAAAUCUAUGUAUCACAAAUUAAUUUCAUGUAGAUUAUGAUAACAAAGAUAUUAAAACACG